AUGCAGCAAGAGCCUCCAAGCCCUAAUCCCCUUGACCUCUCUCUCACCCUCUCCCCUUCCCAUGACUUCUCAUCCUCAUCCUCAUCCUCAUCAUCACCAACCUCAGCUACCAAUGGUCGAGACACGAGAUUGUUCCCUUGCCUCUUCUGCAACAAGAAGUUCCUCAAGUCUCAGGCCCUCGGCGGCCACCAGAAUGCACACAAGAAGGAGAGGAGCAUUGGACUGAACGCACAUUUGCACUAUACUUCUCCUUCGAUGAACCAUCAGUCUCCAUUUGCAAUUGCCUCCCACUCUCUGAUGACGAGUUAUCCCCCUGAGAGCUUUGGCUACGGCCCAGCAGCCCGAUUCCGGGCCCAUCAACCGGCCGUUGUGGGGCCCAAUGUGGAUUCCGCUGCUGCGGAAGCGACGACGGCGAUUGAUUGCCUUAACUGGCGGAGAGGUUCUUAUUCUCAUCAGAGAGACAGUCGUGAGGGGGGUGAUAGUUGUUCUAACGGUGAAGACAGCGGUGACGUUGAUCUCUCCUUGAGGCUUUAG